AAGUGUAAUCGAUAGUAAUAUCGAUGUACUCAUCAGAAUAUUCAGCGGCAUUGGCUAUUAAAAUACCAGUACAUUUAAGAGAAAUGGGAAAGGUUAGAGAAUAAGAUUAGAGAGAGUGGAAAAAAGGUAUUUAAGGAACUUGCAAAAUACAAUUAAAAAAGUGUUCUGCAAAUCUUGCUACUUGCAUUAUUAAAAAAUAUAUUAAAGUACAAGAUUUCUCGCAUUGAAAUAGACAAUUUGUCAAGUGAUUAUAAAAGCGGCAGUGACAGAUGCCACUAAAAUACUCCCAACAGUGUAGAAUUCAAAAUAGUAAACAGUGCAUACACAUGUGUCAAUUACAGACUAAAUGGGCUGAACUCUUAAAAUACACCGGUGGUAAUGGUGGUGUCUUUGAAAAGUGGUUAAAAAUUAUUUAUUUUGUUAUCCUAGAACUUUACAGCCUAAUACUAUUGAGCAAUACAAAAUCAAUAGUCCGAGUAUACAUAUUACUCAGUUCGAUUAAAAUGAAAAGCACAUACUUGACAUCAUUAAUUACAAUAAUUCUUUUUGCUAACGGUAUAAAUGCAACUUCUAUGGAUACAAGAAAUAAAUUCUUGCAGCAGAAAGAUAAUGACUUCAACUUCUUAUCGUCUGCAAUAUCACAAAAUUUAGCAAGUUCACGGACACAGCGAACCAUUACAAAUUCUUUUCGGAUAGUUGGAAUUCGUUUGGAAGACGAAACAGUAGAAACUGAAAACGGAAUACCAACUGUGUUAGUAGACAAGGAAGAACAUUUUCGAGUGUUUGGUAGCGGAUUAGAAGAAAAUACAGCUAUAACGUUUACAAAUGAAAAAAACGAUUAUGGCGGUCCCUGUCUAAAGCCAGCUACUGAUCUGUUCACACCGAUAGAAGUAUCCAGCGAUGGAUUUUCAGCACUGUACUCAGUAAAGUUUCCAUCAUUUAUAAAUGAAUUUUUUAUUUGUGCCAAAACAGCUGAGAAAACAACAAAUCACAGCAAGGCUGCAACGACGAUGCCUUUGGAACAUCAAGGAAACUCCGAUUUUUUGAAAAUAAAAACAUUCGAACCGUUAAUACCUGUGUGGUUGGCCAUAAUCAUCAUUGUAACAUGCUUGGGCUUUUCGGCUUUGUUUUCAGGCCUUAACUUAGGUUUAAUGUCAAUGGACCGCACAGAAUUAAAGAUUUUGCGGAACACUGGCACGGAAAAAGAAAAAAAAUAUGCGUCAAAGAUUGCACCUGUUCGUGAUCAAGGUAAUUAUCUUUUGUGCAGUAUCCUCUUAGGUAAUGUGUUGGUUAACUCAACGUUUACCAUUCUGCUGGAUGGUCUGACUUCUGGACUCUUUGCUGUUAUAUUUUCCACAUUGGCCAUCGUACUUUUCGGUGAAAUUACUCCACAGGCAGUGUGUUCAAGGCAUGGAUUGGCAAUUGGAGCCAAGACCAUUUUAGUAACGAAAACCGUUAUGGCUAUUACAGCACCACUAUCUUAUCCGGUUUCGCGUAUUCUUGAUAAAUUAUUGGGCGAAGAAAUUGGUAAUGUUUACAACCGAGAACGUUUAAAAGAACUUGUUCGUGUCACAAACGAUGUAAAUGAUCUCGACAAAAAUGAGGUAAACAUUAUAUCCGGAGCUCUAGAAUUGCGUAAGAAAACUGUUGCGGACGUAAUGACGCAUAUAAAUGAUGCCUUUAUGCUGUCAUUGGAUGCGCUACUUGAUUUUGAAACUGUGUCAGAAAUUAUGAAUUCUGGUUAUUCUCGUAUUCCGGUGUACGAUGGUGAUAGAAAGAACAUUGUGACUUUACUUUAUAUUAAAGAUUUGGCAUUUGUUGAUACUGAUGAUAACACUCCUUUAAAAACGCUUUGCGAAUUUUACCAAAAUCCUGUUCAUUUCGUAUUUGAAGAUUACACCCUGGAUAUUAUGUUUAAUCAAUUCAAAGAAGGAACAAUUGGUCACAUUGCUUUUGUGCACCGCGUAAAUAAUGAAGGGGAUGGUGAUCCCUUUUAUGAAACUGUCGGGCUAGUUACUCUCGAAGAUGUAAUUGAAGAACUGAUUCAAGCUGAAAUUGUUGACGAAACCGAUGUUUUUGUUGACAACCGUACGAAAACCAGAAGGAACAGAUACAAAAAAGCAGACUUUUCAGCAUUUGCUGAACGUCGGGAAGUGCAAACUGUUCGGAUAUCUCCUCAAUUAACACUGGCUACUUUCCAAUACCUUAGCACUGCUGUCGAUGCAUUUAAAAAUGAUGUUAUUUCUGAACUCAUUUUGCGGAGGUUACUUAAUCAAGACGUGUUUCACAAUAUAAAAACAAAAGGAAAGAGUAAAGAUGAUCCAAGCCUUUAUAUUUUUACACAAGGAAAAGCUGUCGACUUUUUUGUACUUAUAUUGGAGGGUCGUGUAGAAGUCACAAUUGGCAAGGAAGCGCUAAUGUUUGAAAGCGGGCCUUUCACUUAUUUUGGAACCCAGGCAUUGGUCCCCAAUGUCGUUAUCGACUCUCCAACACAAAUGGGUUCUUUGCAGUCCUUAAAUAUGGACUCAAAAAUACGCCAAUCCUUUGUACCUGAUUACUCAGUUCGUGCUAUAUCGGAUGUGAUUUAUAUUACUAUUAAAAGGGUUCUGUAUCUUACUGCAAAAAAGGCUACAUUGUUGGAAAAAAGUCGAAAGUCAGGAACAUUUUCCAGUGAGACAUUCGAUGACGAAGUGGAACGUCUAUUACACUCUAUAACAGAGGAUGAAAAGCCUUCUUGCCUUGCAUCAAAUCAAAGUACGAGACGUCAAUCUAUACCUAACCGAAGUAUAAAUUCUUCCACAACAAAUAUAAAUAAGUCUCCUGAUUUGAUAUAUAAUAGUAUCGACGAAGCCAUGCAAGACGACAGGAAAUUAAAAAACUUAAAGCAUGCGGAAAAUGUCUCAACAAGCAUAGGUUUAGAUGCUUCUGAAGUAGAGGACCUUCACAGUGGAAACCGCGAUGACAAGGAUACGACAGCUGCUUCCACGCCCCUUUUGCCAAAGCUAGAUGAUAAAUGCGAAAUCAGGCAAAGUAAGCCCUAAACAGAAAAUGCAGGCCACAUUUAUAUACGAGCAGUUGUUAAAAUUAUAAAAAAUUAUUUGUUGUACUAAAAAGCGUAAACCAAUUGAUAUCGUUCAACAAAUAUUUUCACCUUUCCCAUUUUAUGUACCAAAUAGCUUUUCCAAACAGUGCAUGAAUAUAUAUAAAUGCAUUUAUUGCCUUAUAUUUUCUUUUCCUACAUAAAUUUAUCUUUAAACUUGUAGAAAAAAUGGAACUAAAAAAUGUGUAAGCAUUGAGUUUAUAUGCUAUCGUUUUGAGGGAAUUGAUGGCUAACAAAAAGCUUUCCCAAAACGGUGUAUGAGUUUAUAUAUAAUUAUAAUUUAUAGCCAUUUAUUUAUUUUUUUAUAAAUAUAUGUACCUUAAAAGUUGCCUCAUAAAAUACGUACUUAAACGAUUUAUUUUCUUUACUUAAUCUUCCUUAGAAAUGGUCUUGGUACGGCUAAAAACAAUGUUAAAGAAAUAAAUUGCCUGUUGACAUAAAUUGCCUGUUUAAAAAUAUUCCUUAUUAAACUUAAAUGUGUUUGUGAGCACAGCCAAUCUGGUGUAUUUUAUUUUCAUGUCGAGAAUUUAAUAAAGAAAACCAAAAAUA